AUGGCGCAAUUCGUUCUAGAUUUGUUCUAUUCCCUAGGGAACUGUCUGAAUUGUUUCCCCGGGUCGCCUACACUCAAGAUUAACAGCCGGAGCUUCAAGAUCCUCCGUCUUCUUGGCGAGGGCGGCUUCUCGUACGUGUACCUUGUUGAAGAUACAGCCACGCACGAGCUCUUCGCGCUCAAGAAGAUUCGAUGUCCGUUUGGCGCCGAGUCUGUGCAACAGGCGAUGCGCGAGGUCGACGCCUACCGACUCUUCGCACACAUCCCUACCAUCAUAUCGGCCGUCGACCACGCCGUGGCUACGGAACGGGGCUCCGACGAGGCCACCAAGACGGUCUACGUGCUGCUGCCGUACUACCGUCGCGGCAACCUCCAGGACAUGAUCAACGCGAACCUCGUCAACAGGGGCAGCUUCCCCGAGCGCCAUCUCAUGACCCUCUUCCUGGGCGUGUGCAAGGCCCUCCGCUCCAUGCACGAGUACCAGGCCCCUCCGGCGGAGCGCAUGGAGAUGGGCAACGAGGAGGACGCCCCCGGCGCAAACAGCCGCCGCGGCACGGGCAGCAAAAUGGGCACGCGGGGCAAACGCACCGAGGCGGACGAGGAGGAGGACCAGGAGCGGCCGCUCAUGGAGUCGGAGAACCGCGUCUCGGCGGGCGGCAAGGUGCGGUCCUACGCCCACCGCGACAUCAAGCCCGGCAACAUCAUGAUUGACGACUCGGGCUCGACCCCGAUCCUCAUGGACCUCGGGUCCGUGGCCCCGUCCCCCAUCCCCGUCACGUCGCAGUCGGUCGCGCUCCAGAUCCAGGACACGGCCGCCGAGCAUUCCACCAUGCCCUACCGCGCGCCGGAGCUCUUCGACGUGCACACGGGGUCCGUCAUCGACACCAAGACGGACAUAUGGUCGCUGGGCUGCACCCUCUACGCCUGCCUGGUCGGCAAGUCCCCCUUCGAGAUGCGCUCCGACGAGACCGGCGGCACCCUGAGCCUCUGCGUCCUCGGCGGAGACUGGCGCUUCCCCGACGAAACCCCCGGCGGCGCCAAGCGCGUCAACAGCAUCAGCCAGGCCAAAGCCCGCGCCGCCUCGGGCGACCACUCCGCCGCGAGCGCCUCGGAGAACACGAAUCCCACCAUCAGCGAGCCGGUUCGGAACAUUGUCAGGCAGUGCUUGAAGGUGGAACCCGCUGAGAGGCCCGGCAUAGGUGAGUUGAUCACCAUGGUGGAGGGCGUCAUUGAAGAUCUUCCCGAUGAGGGGGGCUUGUAA